AUGACCCCAAACGAAGGGGAAAGCCAAAUAGACCUUGUGACUUGCACCACGCAGUUGACAUGCAGUAUUCGUCAAUGGUCUGUAAAACGCCAAGAAACGAUUGAAACAUUGCGAAGCCUGGCAGAUGAACUUAUGGAACAUUACAAGAAUGUUCACAUUGCCAAGAUCUCGGGCUCAUCAGCAUCAAUCGGAGGCUUUGUUUUAGCCGCUACGGGGUUCGGUCUCGCUGCUGUCAGUCUUGGGACUUCACUGAUUCUAUCUGCGGUUGGAGGAGCGAUCUGCGCCGGCGGAGGCGCUACUGUGGCUGGUUCCAGCAUUGUACAAUCGAAAAUUUUCAAAACAAAGCUCGCGACGGCGCAAGAAAUCAUCGACGCCGAUCGCAAAGCACAGGAACCCGUGCAGAGGCUUUUAGAUGACCUUUGUCGUGAAGUAUCCAAAGAAUCGUUUAGCAGCGUGAAAAAUAGUCUCGCUUGCAAUGUAAGCGUCGCCUUGUUGGUGAAAAACCUCGUCGAUGUGAGUAACGGAAUAAACAUGACCGGCGCUAGUGUGGCAACGACAGUGGCAAGUGAGGGUAUGGAUGGAAUACUCCGAUCUAUAGGUAUAGCUGGAAACACCGCUCGGAUUGGAAUAUUCGCAGUGAGCAUUGCACUUCUCCCUUUGGACAUUUACACUAUGGUAACUUCCUUUACGGAGAUUGACUCCGUUCGAAAAGGAAAGAAAGAGAAGGAGCCAGAGGCGGUUAAAAAGUUAAGACAGCUGGCAGAUGAUUUGGAGAAGGAAAUGAACGAGAUACUUCAAGCUGUCGAAGAAUUCCAGCGAAAAAAACCUCUAUGA